AUAUAGUCGGCAUGGUUGUUUAAAGAUGUCCGAAAGCACAGUACUAGGAAAGCAUAAGCUUUCACCAAAAGUGGGUGACCAGAAGAUCGAUUGGAAAAAGAGGAAUGCUGAAAGAAAAGAGCAGAAAAAGAGGAUCCGAGAAGCGAAGCUUAUUAAAAAGCUUGAGAAACAGAGGCAGAAAGAAGAGCAAGAGCUGACAGAAAAAUUGCAGAAAGAAGACAAGAUAAGGAAAGGUCGCCAUUACACAGUCAGCAUUGCCUUGCCUGGGUCAGUGCUGGACAAUGCCCAGUCUCCUGAACUGCGAACUUACCUGGCCGGGCAGAUAGCCCGAGCCUGCACUGUCUUCUGUGUCGACGAGAUUGUGGUGUUUGACGAGCAAGGGGAAGAUGCAAAGAGUGUGGAAGGCGAGUUUAAAGGGAUUGGAAAGAAGGGUCAAGCCUGUGUGCAGCUCGCACGCAUCCUACAGUACCUGGAAUGCCCACAGUACUUGCGCAAGUCUUUCUUUCCAAAGCACCAAGACCUGCAGUUUGCUGGGUUGUUGAACCCCUUGGACAGCCCUCAUCACAUGAGGACAGAUGAGGAGGCAGAGUUUCGGGAAGGAGUGGUUUUGGAUCGGCCAAGCAGGCCUGGGAAGGGCUCCUUUGUAAACUGUGGCAUGAGAAAGGAAGUGAGGAUUGACCGAAGACUUCAGGCUGGUCUGAGGGUUACAGUACACCUAGAUAAAAACCAGAGUGCAGAAAGCAAAGUCCAUAAAGGGGUUGUAGUGGCACCUCAUGUCCCUCGAACAGAAGCUGGACUGUACUGGGGUUACAGUGUCCGUCUGGCGUCAUGCCUCAGCAACGUGUUUGCAGAAUGCCCAUACAAGGAAGGGUACGAUUUGACAAUUGGCACGUCGGAGAGAGGAUCCAGUAUCGACGACGUAACCCUUUCCCCUUUUAAUCACGUGCUGAUAGUGUUUGGAGGGCUGCAAGGCUUGGAAGCAAGUGUGGAUGUUGACCAGAACCUGGAGGUCACUGACCCAAGUGUUUUGUUUGACCUCUAUCUCAACACCUGUCCUGGUCAGGGCAGCAGGACGAUACGCACUGAGGAAGCCAUCCUCAUUACUCUGUCUGGCCUGAGACCCAAACUUGCAACAACUGUUCAGAGCGCAGCUACAGACUGACUGCUGCAAAAAUAUGAAUUUUCACAAUAUGCUUCAUUUUCCAUAAAGCGUGUGAAAGCAAUGGCAAACACUGGAGUAUUGUUUGUCUAUUUAUUUUUUGCGAGAUUGUUUUUCAGCACCCUAGACUGACAGGAAUUCCCUUCAGCUUUAUUUGUUACAAAGAAUAACAUGUAGGGAUCAUUCCAAGUUUCAGUGUGAAUGGGGUUGUGAUGUAUGAUAAUAUUAGGGAACAAGAUCAUGUAUUUUUUUACACAGUAAGAAGCUGAUUUCAUAGCACAACAAAGGAAAUUUAAUAGCUCCUCCUGAAUUAAAUGGAAGUUCCUUAGUAGUGUACUCCCUAAUCCCACCUUUGAAUUCAUAGCAUUGGGAAAAAAAUAUCUUCUAUGUUAGGAGUAUUUUCCUGGUAGUUUCCAAGAUGCUUAGAAACCAGCCUGGGGUGUUUAUUUCUUAAUGAAGGUGUGAUUUUCAUGAUUUUACAAAAUUGUAUUAUAUUAAAGCCAUGUCCAAACAUUCAGUGUAAUCCAUUAAAAGUAUUAGGCCCAUCAU